AUGGAGGUCAACAUGGACACCCACUGCUACAUAUGCGGGCUAUCCAAAGCCCCAACGAUAGACUCCCUCCCUGUGCCUCUGUCCGAUGAACCAUUACCGUCAUCCCACUGGUCGAACUGGGAUCCAGCCAAGCAGCGCAUCCACGAUCCCAAGAUCGGCAGUACAGUGGCAGCGGAUCCAUUCUACCGCACCAUCAUCAAGGACUUCACCAAACAACCCUCAUUCUAUGUGGCCGGCGCAUUCCAGGAUACCAUCAAAUGGAUGACCGAAUCAACUGUACCGAUAGACAAACACACAACGAGGAAGAGAAACUCCACAGAUCCCAAAACCCCCACGGUGGCAUUCACCGUCGCGGAUCCCCGACAGCGAGAUAACUGGGUCUAUCACGAUCGACUAGGUUUCACGAUCCACGAGCAGUGCUGGCGUCUGGUGGGGAUUGUACUUGGGCAUGCAUCGGUGGAGCGAAACCUGGAGAUCUUCAUCGAGGGGUUGCAGACGGUAUGGAACAUUGCUUUGUCCUGCCAGGUGCAUCGUCGACAGGCUCUGGAUCCAAAUCCGACAAGUUCAAGUUCCAACCACGGUUCGGGUCACCUCGUUGAUCCUGUACAUAUUCCAGAGCUCCGGGGGGCAAUUUCCAUCGCGAUGGAACGGGCAUCAGGAUCAGCGUCAGCACCUACGACAAAGACGGAGAUCCCGUGUGCGAUGUCUCUGCGACUGGGGAAUAUCCCGUUUGAUAUCCAGUACUUGAUUCUGGAGACUCUAGAGGAUCCGCGCGAUAAGAUCAACAUGAUGGAUACAUUUCAGUGGCGUUUUGCAGACGGGUUUUGGCAUCGGCGGUUCCCCCGGUUUCUGGUCUUUGAGUACUACGAUCUCAGGUCUAAGAAUGUGGACUGGAUGUUCUUGACUUUGAUCAUGGGGAUAGUCUGGACGCAGUCUCCUGGUUUGCAGCAUCGAGCCCAGAUCAUGAAGCUCUUGUUGUCCUGCAAGAAUGCGUUCGACCAGUUGGUGCAGGAAAGAGAUGAGACUAACGUGGUGCUGACCCGUGCUGGCUUGUGCAUGCAAAAUACAUUUUAA